UCUGCUAUGCAAUGCUUGGCCAAUACAGAAGUAUAUAUAUAUAUAUGCGAUGGUUACUCUGUGUAUGCACACACAGUGGCUGCCAGCCUAUCGUGGCGCAUGCCACGACCUCGAGUUGUCCUAUCGUCCUUUCGCCGCCACGAGAAGUAUGCAGACGUUUACAGGUGUUCGCAACAGGCGGCUUGGACGAGUCAAAAGAAGGUGUGCCCGAAUUGCGGCGUGGCGAGUAUCACCAUCGAUACCCGGAGAGAGAACGAUACUCGACAAAGGCACGUGGACAUACAGAAAUUUUUUGUGGACGGAGGAUGGCGAGAAUCGUCCAACGGCAACCAGCUACCCCGUCAGAGCAGCGCCAGCAACCCUAAGACCGAGCAUUGCAGAAUGGAGGCAAAAGCGCAGUAGCGGUGAAGAGAGAGACAAGUCUUCCACUCGUUCACUUUCCUCCAACCUUCCCCUUCUAUAGCUAAAGCGCCGCCACCGGUUACUCAGUCGACUUCUUCAACGGCUGCAUCAGUUUUGAUCUCAGAUGGCUG